CCUCUCCCUCUUUCUCUGGAUAGUUCUCUCUCUGGGACUAGGAGGACGUCAAGAUGGGGUUGAGUGUGUGCGUGUGGAGCAUUUGGUAUCUUCUGACCCUGACCCUGAGAUGGACCCAGGCACAAGGUCAGACCAACUUCACCAGGCCUAUCUUCCUCUGUGGGGGCCACUUGGUGACCGACUCUGGCUUUGUGGCCAGUGAGGGUUUCCCCAGCCAGUACAAACCCAACAGCAAGUGUACCUGGUACAUAACUGUCCCCGAGGGCCACGUGGUCAUGCUCUCCUUCCGCCUCUUCGACCUGGAGGCCGACCCCACGUGUCGCUACGACUACCUGGACGUUUACAACGGCCACUCCCACACGGUGCAGAAGCUGGGCCGCUUCUGCGGAACGUUCCGGCCGGGGGCGCUCCUCUCCACCUCCAACACCAUGAUGCUGGAGAUGGUGUCUGACGCCAGCUCCGGGGGGAGGGGCUUCGUGGCUUACUUCAGCGGGGGGAAGCCUCAUGUGGACGAGGACCAGUUCUGUGGGGGGAGACUGACAAAGUCUCAGGGAUCCAUCAAGACACCAAACUGGCCCAACUCGGAUUACCCAGCAGGCAUCAGCUGCUCCUGGCACAUCUCCGUGGAGCCCAGCAACGUGAUUGAGGUCAAAUUUCAGAAGCUUGACAUAGAGCCCGACAUUUACUGUCGCUAUGACUACGUGGCCUUCUUCAACGGGGGGGAGAGGGACGACUCCCGACGCAUUGGGAAGUACUGUGGAGACCGGGUCCCAGGAACCAUUGUGACCACUGGGAACGAGCUCCUGGUCCAGUUUGUCUCUGACCUCAGUGUUACCUCAGAUGGGUUCAUGGCCCACUAUUCCAGCGUUCCCCGGGGGUCCCGGACCCCCACGGCCGGGGGGGACACCCUCCACGGGCCACAGUCCGGCUCCCAAAUCCACAAACCCCUCUCCAAGCCCACCAAAUCAACCCCCAAACCCAAAACAGGCCUCCGGGUGAAACCUACCACAAAACUCGCCACCAGGCCAGGGGUGAGAACACCAGUGAAGCCCCCUCCACGUAAACCUACAGCCAGACCUGGUGUUAGGCCUACCCCUAAGCCCAAACAAGUUAAACCCAGAGUAAAGCCAACAACUAAACCUGGUGCGAGGUCUAACUCAACCUCUAAGCCUAGCACCAAGACCAAACCCACACUUAAACCUGGAAUGAAGGCUAAAGCCAAGCCCACGGCCAAACCUGGGGUCAAGCCAGUGAAGCCACCCCUUAAGCCUGGAGUUAAACCUGGUGUCAAGCCUACACCCAGAACAGGGAUGAAACCUACUCCUAAACCAAAGACCAAACCUAAAGUGACAGCCAAACCUGGGAAGAACAAGACGGUUACCAAGAAACCUGUUGCCAAGAAACCUGUUGCCAAGAAACCUGUUGCCAAGAAACCUGUUGCCAAAUCCCUACCAGUAAACCCGCUGUGUACACAGGCCUGUAAGCGGACUGGCACUUUACAGUCCAACUUCUGCCCAAACGAUUUUGUGAUCACAGGUAAGGUGACCUCCCUUCUCCCUGGUGUGAGGGGUAGCGUGACAGUGGAAGUGUCCCUCAUCAAGGCUUACAAGACUGGUCGCUUGGCUGUCACCCAAUCAGGACCGGUUUCGUCGGUUACGGUGACCUCCACCUGCAAGAAAUGCCCCAGUCUACGCAAAGGAGCCAAUUACGUGUUGAUGGGUCAGGUGGAUGCGGAGGGGCGUGGCCUUCUUAACCCCUCCAGCUUUGCCCUUUUGUACAAGGCGAUCCACGCCAAAGCACUGGCCAGUCUCACACGCAAAUCUUGCUGACCUCACAGUCCAGUCCAGCAGCUACUGCGGGGGGUGAUCUGACGCCUCACACUCCUCAUACCAUGCAGAAACACUAACAACAACAACAACGAGAAGCAUAGUGAGUUUAAAUUGGCCGAACGUAUAAAAGGGACAGGUUGAUAACAUAACCUCAGGUAAAAAAAAAAAAAAAGAAGAAAACAUGCAUUUGUUCUUGUAUUUUCUAUUUUCCCUUUUUUACACUCAGAUAUGGAAAUUUGUUUGUGUAUAUAAAUGAUAUUUCUGUGAUUAAAGGAUGUAUAACUGAAGAACAACCCCCCUAGAGACUCAA